AUGUGCGUUGACUUUCGAGCACUGAACCGAAUCACUGUCAAGGAUAGGUAUCCUCAACCAUUGAUUGAUGACCACAUUGAUCGGCUUGGGGGCUCUAGAUUCUUCUCAUCAUUAGAUAUGGCAUCAGGGUUCCAUCAGAUCCCAAUCGACGAGAGCUCAAUCCAUAAAACUGGUUUCGUUACUCCCAAGGCUCAUUACGAGUAUCUUAAAAUGCCGUAUGGACUAUGUAAUUCUCCCACAGUUUACCAGCGCAUUAUUAAUAACACUUUACGUAAAUUUAUAGAGGCUGGUAAUGUGCUUGUGUACAUUGACGACGUUCUUAUUGUAAGCAUGUCUAUUGACGACGGUAUUUCCCUAUUACGCGAUGUCUUGAAGACUUUGACAGAAGCUGGAUUCUCUGUUAAUUUACGAAAGUGUUCUUUCCUCACAACUAAAAUAGAGUACUUGGGUCGUGAUAUCAGUCAUGGUCAGGUUAGGCCGAGUCUGCAUAAAAUUGAAGCGUUGGUUAAUUCACCUACUCCAACUAACGUCAAGCAGGUACGUCAAUUUUUAGGUUUAGCUGGAUACUUCCGGCGUUAUAUUGAAGGCUACGCGACAAAAACCGCAUGUAUAUCGCAUCUCACUAAGAAAGACGUCAAAUUUAAAUGGGGACCCGAACAAGAUCAAGUCCGACAAGAGCUCAUAAAGCAAUUAACCAGCGAGCCUAUACUUGCAAUUUUUGACCCGAGCCUUCCCACUGAACUACACACCGACGCUAGCAGUGCAGGAUAUGGUGCUGUGCUCAUGCAGGCCCACACGGAUGGUAAUGAACGAGUAGUAGCCUAUUUUAGUAGGGUCACCCAGGGUGCGGAGCCCAAGUACCAUUCAUAUGAAUUAGAAACGUUGGCGGUCGUCAAAGCUCUGCAACAUUUUCGGCAUUACCUGGUUGGUAUAAGUUUUAAGUAA